AUGGUUGCUCAACAUCUGGCCGAACUUGAUGCUAUCUUGUAUAAGAUCCGGGAGCCUAUUUGGGGCUACCUGGAAACUAUUGAAGAUGGUCGUAAGAUCCCUUUCGGCCUGAUUUCAGAAGAGUGGCACGUUUUCUGCGACGAACACGCAGUUCUUUCCGCUAGGCCGAGAGUGCUAGAACACGAGAUGCCUCUGUUCUCCAUAUGGAAACGAGGAUCCAAGGCUUGCGAACCAAACGUUUACAUCCAGCCUCGGGAUAAAACUGUUAACAUCUUUGUCAACGGCGAAUGGAUACAUGCGAACGAAUUUCCGCCCAUCAGGCGGGUCCGGCCAGAUGCUACAUUUCGGGCCGGCGAUGUUGCUUUCGUUUAUCGGGACGUGCCCCAGCAUGCCAAACGUUACGAAUUGAUGCCAAGCAACAAGAAACGGAACUCACGCCGUCAAGGGGCCCAAGUCAUCGCAUCGGGAGGGCAAGGCAAUAUCGUGCUUGCCAUGCGCACAAUUGACGAUCUUUCGGACGCAGUCGCCGUCAAGUACAUCAGCUACGCCGUAGUCGAUGUCCAUAGGGUAGCUCGUCAGAUCUGCACCUGGCAGAAGUUACGGCAUAAGAACGUGCUUCCGUUCCUCAGUUGGCACCUCGUCCACAGAGAAGUCGAAAAGCUCAUCUGUUUGGUCACCCCUUUCGCACCUUACGGCUCACUCUACGACUACGUCAAGCACCACGGCAAGCAGCCGGAGAAUUUGGCUCGUUUUAUCGUCGCUCAAGUAACGGAUGGCUUGAACUACAUGCAUGAUCAGGGCUAUGUACACGGUGACGUGAGGCCGCAGAACGUCCUCGUGUUCAGAGAAAGAGAGGAUAGUGUCCUGAGCGUCCAAGUCUGCGAUUUUGGCCUCACGGAACGUUUCGAAACGACGCUCGUUAUCGACAAGACGCAGUUCAUAGAAUUCGAUGCACACCUGCCGGGCCCCCAGGUCAUACCCGGGACCGCACAUUGGGCUGCGCCCGAGUUGCUUUCCAACUGGUACAACCUAUACAGCGAAGCGUUCGGCGUAGGGGGCAUCAUGUUCUUCUUGCUGUGGGCGAGACCUCUGUAUCGCAUCGCGAAAGAGACAAUAAGUUUGCCCUUCGCUACGCAAAUGGGGCAGAGACAGCUGGAACUGAACCAAAGGAGGUUAAAUGCCAUGAGCCCCCCAGCUCGCGACCUCCUCACCAAGUUAACCCAGGAGUCCGUGCCGGACCGGAUAGGAUUAUUCGAAGCUCGUGCCCACGACUGGCUGCAAGGGAUCGAGAUGCCUGAGCUGGGUCCCAUACCAUUGUCUUGGUGGGACGAGUCGGUCGAACGCUAUCGCUGUGACGAGAUCUAUUCUGCCAACACGAUUUGCGCCAUUCAUGGGGAUGACGACCAGAGCGACGAAGAGAUGCAGGAAGAGGACGCGGAUCCCGUCAUCGUGCAAAAUGUCCCAUCUCUUGCAGUGGAUGGCAUCCAUCCUGCGAACGACGGCGACACGAACGUACAAGCCCCUGGAUCUUCCGGUCACCUCACGCUAACGCGUACUUGGUCGGACCUUGGAUCCGCCGCUGUUCGUUCGAAUAACAGCUCUCUGGCUCGAACCUCCACUGUCUUAACCGACAUAACCGAGUUGGAGGUCGAGCUGUAUCUGACGAUGCAGGAGGAUACAAGUGCGCCGAGCUCUCCUUCUGGUACGGACACCCAAGCUUCCGGUUCUUCCCCCCACCUCGCGCCAACGCGCACUUGGUCAGACGUUGGGUCUGCGGUUGUGCGUCCGAAUAACGGCUCCCUGGCUCGAACCUCCACUAUCUUAACCGACAUAACCGAUAUGGAGGUCGAGCUAUAUCUGACAAUGGAGGGGAGCGAGCCAAGCUCUCCUUCUGGGUCCGAGACACCUCGCUUCUGA